AAAGAACUUCCACAGUGUCGUUUUUCAUGUAACGAAUCAAGUAAACUUUGCAAAUAUGUCGCCAUAAAAUCGGACAAAUAGUGAAAGUUGUAUUCAGAAAAAGAGCGUCAAUUUAAAAAAGCUAAAAAUGGCCCAAAGCCGUGCAGAAUCUCCCGAAGUGAAAUCUCAUUAUCUGUCUACAACGCUGAGGAGACGCACUAUAGUGCUAAGAAACUGGCGCGAUUCCCCAUCUACCGUAACGCUGGCACCAUUUCGCGUCUUUGGUAUCAGCGAUGGUCAUAAAUAUAUACCCAAGCCGCAAGAAAUUGUGCCGCCUUACUAUAAGAAGUACUUUAUUGAAAAGAGGAAUACCCUGCUGACCGUCAUAUCGGAUUACGGAUUAUACACAGCAGAAUUAAACAAAUCGAGAAACUCGCAGCCGGAUGAGAAUGUAACUAAUCUGGAAAAGCCAUCGGGCCCAACACAAUUUGAACCCGAUAAUAAUAAUAGAAAGCAUACCCCUUUAAAGACAGUGUCAAUUCAAAAUAAGACGUGUGCGCCAAAGAACAACCAGUCUUCUGCUGAGGAAGUUUGGAAAAUGUUUGGAGAAAAUAUCAAUCCUAGAAAGGAAGAGUUGGACACACUUACCGUGCCUAAUAAUAGUAGUAGUAAUAUAAAGAAUCCAAAAGCCAAACAAAUUCGAGGACUCGCUCCUACAGUUAAAUCGAUUCAAAAACAAAAGUUACCGCUCCUAUCCCAGCCGAUCAAACACAAUGUGAAAACUCUACUAGAGCAAAAUAAUAAUAAUGUCAAAACAUUCGGAAAUGUGCAACCAAGGGAACUACCCGAGCAGGAUAAGCUUGGUGUGAUACCUCUAAAGGAUCAAAAUAUUGUGGAGAAUGACUAUCUUAAGAAAACCCAAAUUCAAAUUCCAAAUCAAGCGCCACGAGGAUAUUUCUAUCAGAACAAACCAAAUAUGAACAAGGAUAGUAUUGAAGAAAAUCAAGCCCAAGGUAAAGGUAAGAUUCUGAAUACACAGACAAUAGAUCAAAAUAUCAUGAAAAACGACUAUCUUAAGAAAAAUCAAGAUCAGGGAACAGAGGAAAUUCAACAGCCAAGAGGGCACUUCUAUCAAAUUAAACCAAAUGAAAAGCCUCUGGAGCAAAAUAAUGUGAAGAGCGACUGUAUUAAAAAAAGGGUAGAGCAAGUUCAAGAUAUGUCACGCAAUAUCAAGAAAAAUCAAAAUAUGCAGCAAAACUUCAAGUCCCUAAUGGAUCAAUCUAGUUUAAAGAAUGAGUAUCUUAAUGAAUGCCAAGCGGGUAGUAUCAAAACAAUUGUAAAUCAACAGCCAAAGGGCUACCUCUAUGAAAAUAAACAAAAUGUGAUAGCUCAAAGUGCGCAAAAUCAUAUAAAGAAAAAAAACAAGGUCAAGGCGUUGCAGAUGCCAAGCAACGAAUUGAAGAGUUAGCAAAAAGCAUCAACGAAAACAUUAGAAAUAAUAAGGUGCUCUCCAAAUCUCUUGCAACCUUAAAUAACUCAGAAUAAAAUAUUGAGAAGUAAAUUAUAAAAUAAAAGCAGCAGAACUAUAAAAAUAAAAACCCAAUCGUUGAAACUGGACGGGAACCAAUUCAACUUUUAUUUACUUAAUAACCACAAAUAUU